UUUUUUUUUCUUUAAACACAGCAAAAGCAAAGCAACAAGAAAGAAAAAUAAUAAUAGUAACAUUUUCAUAAUCUUUCUAAUCAUGUCACAAAUCUUACCUAUUGAUAAAAAGCAACUACGUGCGUGUUUACUAUGUUCUUUAAUAAAGAAUGCAUCUCAAUUUCGAGCUAAUGGAUGUGAAAAUUGUGAAGAGAUUUUACAAAUGAGAGGAAGCAUGGAUCGAGUUGGUGAAUGUACAAGUUCAAAAUUUGAAGGAGUGAUAGCUUUGAUGGAGCCUACAGGUAGUUGGGUAGGAAGAUGGCAACGCAUAGAUAAAUUUGAAAAGGGAGUUUAUGCGAUUGUUGUUUAUGGACGAGUACCUGAAGAUGUGGAAGAUGAAUUAGAACGAAGAGGCAUAACUUAUAAACCUAGGGAUGGCAGUGUUAAGGAUUAACAUUACUUGUAUACACUCAAAGUGUAUUUAAUAUAUUCCUAUACAAGAUAUACAUAUAUAUAUAUAAAUAUAUAAAAAAAAAACCGUGUAUAUAGAUUCUUUAUUAUUAUAUUUAUUUUAUUUUAUUAUUUGUAUUUGGG